AUGCAGGUCUCCCACCUGGUGGACACUCCCCUAGGGGACCAAAUGGACUGGGACACAAAAGGGUAAAAGGACCAAUCACAGACUUACACAUUUCAACAAUGCAUCACAAUCCCUCCUCUCUGUCCUGGAGAUAAUUGGGAAGUAAUCCAAUGUUUCCAAGGGCAGAGGCAAAACUCCAUUACACACAUUUUCAGUAAAAAGACAUAAAAUUACACACGGUUACCUUUAUCACUUAAAACACACACAUUCUACAUAUCCUCAGAUAGCUUAGAUCUGAGUGCACAUUAUUACCGAAUGGCGCUCAGAUCACAUACAUACAGUUCAAUCGCCAUGGAGCCAAAGUCUUUCCCAUAAUCUUUCGUUAAACACAAAUAGGCUCCAUGGCAUAGCUAUCUGGGGUGAUGCUGUUCAUAUGGUCAAACUACCGAAUGAACAGUCAUUCGGUUCCACUACUGAAUGCAGAGGUAAGGUGGCUGGCAGCUCAGCGGUGUUCGCGCAAAUAAGUGUCCGUUUCCAGUUUCAUAGUUUGGGCGCUGAACACCGCCGGUCGUUCGGGAGUUAAAAUGGCUGCUGCCCCGUGUUCAGCAAACGAACAAAGGCCACCCAGCGUUCGUCAUUUAAGCUGCGGUGAACCGCAGCUUCUGGGCGGUCAGUUGACGGCACACUCCAGUUCCCAGUUGGUUGAUCGUUAGGUAGAUUGAAUCUACCGACCACCCUGGCAGAAAGGCACGAAUACACCUUUCUACAGGGAAAAUAAAAGGUUUUAAAUGCCAGGCCAUAGUCUAAAGGGAGCAGGCGAGCAACAAGGCUUCUCCAGUGGACAGUGGUGAUAUCACUGUAUCCCACUUAUUAUAUUGUAAUAUCCUACCGUGAUAUCACUGUAUCCACUUAUUAUAUUAUUAUUGUGGCAAACCUAGCCACUUUAGAUUGUAUUGUCAUAGGUCUAAAGGUUGUCUUAGAAAAGCUGGUUCUAUUCUGUAUGUAUCCAUGUAUAACUGUAAUAGAGAGCAUUCGCAUGCUAGCAGCCAAAAGCCGCUAGCGUUCCUAAGGUAGUUUCACGAACAGUGACUUCCCACACUGUUCGUGAAACGAAUAAAGUACCGAAUGGGAGCCCACACACAGGGGGCCGCGUGGCUCCCAUUAACUGAUUGCAACAUUGUAGCAAUCGGCGGUUAAUUGAUUUCCCUGGUGGCCGUCGUUCGGCUACCAACCACGAGGCGUCGGCCAUCUUGGAUUUUCCUUUUGCCCAGCGGUGUUUGGUCGUCGAGGGCCUGGUACUAAAAUCGGCUUUCGGUAUUUUGUUCUCAAUUAUGUAUUCGGUACUUUUAAGAUGAAUAUAUAUUAAAGUAUGUUUCGUGCGGUGUUCGGUUAUUUAUGCUGGGAUCUGAGCGGUACUUUCCCAAAGUGUGCGCUCAGACCCCAGAUGUCUACCCAAUGGUCAUUCGGUAUAAUAGCAGGAAUAAUGUUAAAGUUAUGGAUUUUUGUGUAAAAAGCUAGUUCUGCUGUACGGAGGGAUAAUCCACUUAACAGGAUAUUCUAGUGGGAGUAUCCCUCUCGUACAGCAGUGCAUGGUGAAUAAAAUAAUCAGUUGACUCCCAGAACUGUGUGUCGUCCGGUUACUGGGGGAUUUGGAAUAUUGCCUUCAUUUCCAGCGCUUCACUUGGAUUAUUUUCUGUACCAGCGGAGAUAAUGGGAUUUAAUAUUGCAGCUCCGCUACAAUUAUAUUGUAAUAUCCCACCAUGAUAUCACUGUAUCCACUUAUAUUAUUAUAUUGUAAUAUCCCACCAUGAUAUCACCGUAUCCCACUUAUUAUAUUAUUAUAUUGUAAUAUCCUACCAUGAUAUCACUGUAUCCCACUUAUUAUAUUAUUAUAUUGUAAUAUCCCACCAUUCUAUCACUGUAUCCACUUAUUAUAUUGUAAUAUCCCACCAUUCUAUCACUGUAUCCACUUAUCAUAUUAUUAUUAUUAUGAUAUUUAUAGAGCACCGUCAAAUUCCGCAGCGCUUUACAAUGGGUGGACGAACAGACAUGUAGUUGUAACCAGACAAGUUGGACACACAGGAACAGAGGGGUUGAGGGCCCUUCGCAAUGAGCUUACAUGCUAGAGGGAGUGGGGUAAAAUGACACAAAAAGGUAAGGAUAGUAUUAGACUAGUGACAGUUGCAGAAGAGGAAUCAGUCAGGAGCUAUUAACAGUUUAAUUCAUACGCUUUUAUGAAGAAGUGGGUUUUUAACGAUUUUUUGAAGGAGUGGAGACUGGGUGAGCAUCUAACUGAGGAGGGAAGCGAGUUCCACAGGAAAGGUGCAUCCCUCGAGAAAUCUUGAAGGCGAGCAUCAGAGGUGGGAGUACGGACAGGAGAUAGACGUAAGUCUUCAGCAGAUCGUAAGGGCCUAGACGGGACAUACUUGUGUGUAAGGGAGGAUAGAUAGGUGGGAGCAGCAUUAUGUAGAGAUUUGAAAGCAUGAACAAGAAUUUUAAAUUGAACUCUAUAUUUUAUAGGAAGCCAAUGUAGGGACUAACAGAAGGGUGAGGCAUGGGAGGUGCUGGCGGACAGGAAGAUGAGCCUCACCGCCGCAUUCAUUAUGGACUGUAACGGCGCUAGUUGGGAGCAUGUAAGACCACUGAGAAGCCGGAUUGCUGAAAGUAGUCAAGGCAAGAAAAAGGACAGUGGAAACAACAACACCUUAGCCUGAUUUUACAUAAGUAGGGCGAAGCUCUAAUAUUUUGAGAUGGAAAUGACAGGAUCACAUAGAUUGAACAUGAGGCUUGAAGGAGAGGUCAAGGCCAAAGAGAAAAUUGACCUAGGCAGCUAGCCCAUGCGCAGGGAGCUGAUGGUAAAGUGAUGUAGAUUAAUUUAGAAAUAAACAAAAAUGUUUAAAAGUCUAUCUGUUCCUGUCCAAAUCUGAGAUGAAUAAAUUGCGUAUACGCAGAAGUAAGUUCACACUGACACAUGCAGUUCGGGUUAAAAACACUUCAGGAAAUUUAUUAGCAUCUAGUUAAAAAGCGGGCACGCAGGCCUUUUUAUAUGCAAAAUGACAUCAUCAUUGAAUAUCAGAUAUUAACAAAUAAACAUCAUUAAUUGGGUUAAAUGUUAAGUGGCUAUGUCAGUGUCCACCCAUUAAUAUUAUUAAUUGGCUCAGAGAUUUGAGUGACUAGUGAGGCACCCUCCCAUCAUGGGAUGUCGUCGCCAUUGCUCUUUAGCACGAGGCUUGCUCGGUGGAAAGGGGGGCUUGGGCGUCAUUUUACGUAGUUAGUGAUGUCAGUCUCGUGGUCUGUUCCAAGGUUCUUUUAUGAAUAGAACAUUUCAUUUUGUUGCUGUUCUCCUGGCCUUGGAUUAUACUAUGUUGCAAGUCAACGGAGAUCCGUUAACUCCGGGGCUAGUUAUGUCCUUAGAGAGAGAAAAUACAAUCUCUUAUUCAUUAUACUGAAUACUGUCAGGAAAUUCUGUCAUGUAAGGUGAACAAAAUGGAGUUAGUACAAUAAUUCAAUACAGGUUCUAAUAAAGAUUUUAAUAAUUCUACAUCAGUAGAACCGUUGACUUGGAGGGAGACAGACACAGGAGUAACAACACUUGAGGGAGGAAAGACCAGAAUUUCAGUUUUGGUCAAGUUUAGUUUAAGGAAGUGGGCAGCCAUCCAGUUAGAAACAGCAGAGAGGCAGUCAGAGACAUAUUCUAUCACUGUAUCCCACUUAUUAUAUUAUUAUUAUUGUAAUAGCCUACCAUGAGAUCACUAUAUCCACUUAUUAUAUUAUUAUAUUGUAAUAUCCUACCAUGAUAUCACUGUAUCCACUUAUUAUAUUAUUAUAUUGUAAUAUCCUACCAUGAGAUCACUAUAUCCACUUAUUAUAUUAUUAUUGUAAUAUCCUACCAUGAAAUCACUGUAUCCACUUAUUAUAUUAUUAUAUUGUAAUAUCCUACCAUGAGAUCACUAUAUCCACUUAUUAUAUUAUUAUUAUUGUAAUAUCCUACCAUGAUAUCACUGUAUCCACUUAUUAUAUUAUUAUUAUUGUAAUAUCCCACCAUAUCACUGUAUCCACUUAUAAUAUUAUUAUAUUGUAAUAUCCCACCAUUCUAUCACUGUAUCCCACUUAUUAUAUUAUUAUUAUUGUAAUAUCCUACCAUGAUAUCACUGUAUCCCACUUAUUAUAUUAUUAUAUUGUAAUAUCCUACCAUGAUAUCACUGUAUCCCACUUAUUAUAUUAUUAUAUUGUAAUAUCCCACCAUGAUAUCACUGUAUCCCACUUAUUAUAUUAUUAUAUUGUAAUAUCCCACCAUUCUAUCACUGUAUCCCACUUAUUAUAUUAUUAUUAUUGUAAUAUCCUACCAUGAUAUCACUGUAUCCCACUUAUUAUAUUAUUAUAUUGAUAUCCUACAUGAUAUCACUGUAUCCACUUAUUAUAUUAUUAUAUUGUAAUAACCCACCAUGAUAUCACUGUAUCCCACUUAUUAUAUUAUUAUAUUGUAAUAUCCCACCAUUCUAUCACUGUAUCCCACUUAUUAUAUUAUUAUUAUUGUAAUAUCCUACCAUGAUAUCACUGUAUCCCACUUAUUAUAUUGUAAUAUCCUACCAUGAUAUCCCUGUAUCCCACUUAUUAUAUUAUUAUAUUGUUAUAUCCCACCAUGAUAUCACUGUAUCCCACUUAUUAUAUUAUUAUAUUGUAAUAUCCCACCAUGAUAUCACUGUAUCCACUUAUUAUAUUAUUAUAUUGUAAUAUCCUACCAUGAUAUCACUGUAUCCACUUAUUAUAUUAUUAUUAUUGUAAUAUCCUACCAUGAUAUCACUGUAUCCCACUUAUCAUAUUAUUAUAUUGUAAUAUCCCACCAUGAUAUCACUGUAUCCACUUAUUAUAUUAUUAUAUUGUAAUAUCCUACCAUGAUAUCACUGUAUCCACUUAUUAUUUUAUUAUAUUGUUAUAUCCCACUUAUUAUAUUAUUAUAUUGUAAUAUCCCACCAUUCUAUCACUGUAUCCACUUAUUAUAUUAUUAUAUUGUAAUAUCCUACCAUGAUAUCACUAUAUCCACUUAUUAUAUUAUUAUAUUGUAAUAUCCCACCAUUCUAUCACUGUAUCCACUUAUUAUAUUGUAAUAUCCCACCAUGAUAUCACUGUAUCCACUUAUUAUAUUAUUAUAUUGUAAUAUCCCACCAUUCUAUCACUGUAUCCACUUAUUAUAUUAUUAUAUUGUAAUAUCCCACCAUGAUAUCACUGUAUCCACUUAUUAUAUUAUUAUAUUGUAAUAUCCUACCAUGAUAUCACUGUAUCCACUUAUUAUAUUAUUAUAUUGUAAUAUCCCACCAUGAUAUCACUGUAUCCACUUAUUAUAUUAUUAUAUUGUAAUAUCCUACCAUGAUAUCACUGUAUCCCACUUAUUAUAUUAUUAUAUUGUAAUAUCCCACCAUGAUAUCACUGUAUCCACUUAUUAUAUUAUUAUAUUGUAAUAUCCCACAUGAUAUCACUGUAUCCCACUUAUUAUAUUAUUAUAUUGUAAUAUCCCACCAUGAUAUCACUGUAUCCCACUUAUUAUAUUAUUAUAUUGUAAUAUCCCACCAUGAUAUCACUGUAUCCACUUAUUAUAUUAUUAUAUUGUAAUAACCCACCAUUCUAUCACUGUAUCCACUUAUUAUAUUAUUAUAUUGUAAUAUCUCACCAUGAUAUCACUGUAUCCACUUAUUAUAUUAUUAUAUUGUAAUAUCUCACCAUGAUAUCACUGUAUCCACUUAUUAUAUUAUUAUAUUGUAAUAUCUCACCAUGAUAUCACUAUAUCCACUUAUUAUAUUAUUAUAUUGUAAUAUCCCACCAUUCUAUCACUGUAUCCCACUUAUUAUAUUAUUAUAUUGUUAUAUCCUACCAUUCUAUCACUGUAUCCACUUAUUAUAUUAUUUUAUUGUAAUAUCCUACCAUGAUAUCACUGUAUCCACUUAUUAUAUUAUAAUAUCCCACUAUGAUAUCACUGUAUCCACUUAUUAUAUUAUUAUAUUGUAAUAUCCUACCAUUCUAUCACUGUAUAACUUAUUAUAUUAUUACAUUGUUAUAUCCCACCAUGAUAUCACUGUAUCCCACUUAUUAUAUUAUAAUAUCCCACUAUGAUAUCACUGUAUCCACUUAUUAUAUUAUUAUAUUGUAAUAUCCCACUGUAGCGGAAUGGCAAUAUUAAAUCCACGAAUUCAGCUGGUUCAGGAAGUAAUCCACAGUCAAGCGCUGAAAAGCAAGGCAAUAUCCCAAAUCUCCCAGUAACCGGACGAAACAGUUCUGAGAGUCAACUGAGGUCUUUAUUUUCAGCUCCACAAUUUAUACAAUUCCCCAUGCAAGGGGUUUCCUGAGUCCCAUCCCAGGGGCAUUCCCAGAGUGGACUACAUGGGGAACUUCCAUUACAGAGCCUUUCUCCCAUCAGGCACUGCUGCACGAGAGGGAUCCUCCCACAGGAAUGUACCGUUAAGUGGAUUAUCCCUCCGUGCAGCAGAACCGACAAUUUAUAUUAAAAUACAUAACUUUUCGAAUAUGCAGUCUAUUUGCACGAAUGGACGUUCGGUAGAUAGCUGGGGUCUGAGCGCAUCAUUCGUGAGAUUACCGCUCAGAUCCCAGCUAAAACAACCGAACGCCACACGAAAAACACAUUCAUUAAAAUGUAUAUUCAAAAGACCGAUUGAAGUCUAGGGAACAUAAUACCGAAUGGCCCGGAACUCCCGAACGGCCUGGAAGCUCAGCGGUGUUCGCGCCGUCGAGUAGCCGUUUUUAGUACCAUGCGCUCGACGACCAAACACCGCUGAGGGAACAAAGGAUCCAAGAUGGCCAACCGCCGCAUGGUCGGUAGUCGAACGGCGGCCACCUAGGAGAGCCUCUAAUUACCGAUUGCAACAUUGUUGCAAUCGGUUAACAAGCGCCACACGUCUCUAAGUGUGUGGGCUACUACAUGGUGGUUAUUUCGGUUCACGAACGGCCCGCAAAAGUGCCGUUCGUGAAACGAAAGGAAAUACAGCUAUCUGCAUUCGGCAGAUAGCCAAUACAGUAAAUACACGUUAUUACAGCCAGCAUACAUUACACUUAGUUAAACACAUAUCCCCACAGACAUACAGGCAACCCUUAAAGGCACAGUCUCUUUAUAUUGUCCAAGUGGCUAGGUUUGCCACACCCACCGUGAUAUCACUGUAUCCCACUUAUUAUAUUAUAUUGAAAUAUCCUACCAUAAAUCAUUACUGCUAGGACCGGUUAAGUCUCUUUAUAUACAGUGUGUGAAUGAAUCUAUAUGUGGGACCCAGUAAUCCCUCCAUUAACAGAUUCAUUCACACACUGUAUAUAGAGCAACUGAACCGGUCCUUGCAUUAACUCCAUAUGUGGUACUCCGUAAUCCCUCCAUUAACACAGUUACUGCCAGGACUGGUUCAGUUCACUGUGGCAAACCUAGCCACUUCAGACUAUUCUUAUAUAUAUAAUGGUUGUCCUAGAAAGCCUGUUUAACCUAUGUGGUUUUAUGUGUUUGCUUAUAACGGUGAUAGAGGGCAUUCGUAGGCUAGUGGUGCGAAAGCCGCUAGCAUUCAUAUGCUAGUUUCACGAACAGUGACUUUCAACACUGUUCGUGAAACGAACAAAGUACCAAAUGGGAGACCACACACAGGAGGUAGUGUGGCUCCUAUUAACAGAUUGCAACAUUUUAGCGUUUCUCCAGUUAAUUGAUUUGCGCGGUGGCCGCCGUUCGGAUACCGACCACGCGGCCAUCUUGGAUUCACUUUUAGCCCAGCGGUGUUUGGUCAUUGAGUGCCUGGAACUAAAAUCGGCUACUCAACUGCACAAACACCGCUGGACUUCCAGACCAUUCGGGAACACCGGUCUUUCGGUACUUUCCUUCAAACUGUGCGUUCGUGUGUUUUAUUGAGAAUUCAUAUUAAAAUGUAUUUUGUGUGGCGUUCGGCUGAUUGUGCUGGGAUCUGAGCGGUAAUCUACCGAAGUAUGCGCUCAGAUCCCAGCUAUCUACUCAUAUGUCAUUUGGUACAAUAGCACGAAUAAUGUGCCAGUUACAUAUUUUUGAAUAAAAAGCUCGGUUCUGCUGUACGGAGGGAUAACCCACUUAACAGCAUAUUCUUGUGGGAGUAUCCCUCUUGUACAGCACUGCAUGGUGGGUAAAAUGUCCUACAUGUUCAGUUCCCUAUGUAGCCCUCUACUGUAUAACCCCUGUAAAGUGAUUAAGGAAACCCCUUGCAUGGGGAACCACAUAAAUACUGGAGCUGUGAAUAAAAACCUCAGUUGAUUCCCAGAACUGUGUUUCGUCCGGUUAUUGGGGGAUUUGGGAUAUUGCCUUCAUUUCAGCGCUUUUCUUGGAUUGUUUUCUUUUACCAGCGGAGAUAUUGGUAUUUUAUAUUGCAGCUCCGCUACAGUCACUCUAUGCACAGCAUACUCUAUCUGUAAAUGAAGGGAUUCCUGUGUCCCACAUAUAGAGUUACUGUUAGCAGUGGUACAUUUGCUUUAUAUACAGCAUGUGAAUGAUCAGUUAAUGGAGGAUUACUGGGUCCCACAUAUACCGUUACUGCUAGGACAGGUUCAGUCCCUCUAUAUACAGUAUAUGAAUGAAUCUGUAAAUGGAGGGAUUACUGGUUCAUACAUACAAAGUUACUGUUGGGAUCGGUUCAGUCGCUCUAUAUACAGCGUGUGAAUGAAUCUGUAAAUGGUGGACUCUCUGGAGCAUUAAAUUGAGCCAUUCUUGUCUUGACACAGGAUGGAUAGUCUUGGCGUGACACUUCACCGUGGUCACCAUGUGGCUGUCACAUGGGAUGGCAGUACUUCUCCUGAGGCCCUGGCACAGUUGGUGUCCCUCAUUCAAGAAGCAGUGUCUCCAGAUGGAAGGGUGGCAGUGGAGAAUGUGGAGCGUCUGAUACUGUGUAAGUCCCCGAUUAAGAACAUUCCUGUCCUAAGUGACUUCAAUAAUUGCACCAGGGUCCUGAAAUGACCAUGUUUGGACAGAAAAGUUCUUUAGUCUACCAAUGUCUGCCUGGAUUUUCACCCAACUCCUAAUUUAACAAAUCCAAAUGUUAAAAUUGAUGUUAAAGUAGUCGGGCUGUGAACAGAGUCUAGCUGGAGAAUGUUUCAAAUUUGCUCUUUUAGCAUUUGUAUUUAAUUUGCUAAAAAUCUGAGUUUAUUGUAUUAGCACUCUCAUUAAUUACUGCUUUAGUAAAAACUGACUUUUAGUUGUUGUAGUAACCAGCUUUUGCAGAGUCAUAACCCCAACAUAAAGAGUUCCUAGCGGACUUGCCCAGAUCCAGGCGGAUUAUCACUAGUCCUGAACCAUGUUUAAUACGCUCUAGUGGAUUCUGCAUGAAAAGCCUUCAUCCAAUGUUACCUAACAGCCUGUCCCCUCCGAUCGGUUCUAAUCUUCUAUUGGUCUUUUUUUUCAGCCGCCCACCCUCAUUCCACCUUUGAUGUCAUCUUCCUCGGCAUGGUGUCUGGCAGCGUGUGUGUUCACAGUUCUGAUGUCCUGGCAGAAGUAGCUCGUGUCCUAAAGCCAGGCGGGACAGUGGUUAUUCAGGAGCCUGUGAUCUCUGAAACAGGUAAGGAUUCCCCCUCCCACCACACUGUGUGUAAUGGACAUUACCUAUUCCACGCUGGUUACCAGGACAGGAAGCCAUAUAAGUGGCUUUCUUUGCCUUGAGUCACAUUGUGUAGUAUUUGAUGCGAUUUUGGGGCAUACCCAUCAUUCUAAUCAGAUGCUAAUCUCCUAGGUAAAGGGGAAUCUUUACGGACCCCAACUCUGCUCUUUUCUGCUCUCAAACUCUCAGGUCUAACAUAUGUGACUCAGGUAAGUGUUUGCUGUGUUUAUUUUAUGAUUUAAUUCUCGAUGUACUUUCACAUUCUCCAAGUCGUCUAUGCUUCCAAUUCAAAUACUCUGCCUUAAAUGUGAAAUUGAUUCUGAAUUCACUUUGACACAUUGAAGUGUUGGUGUCAGUGUACAGAUGUUGCAGGAGCCCAGGGUCUGAAAGGCUGAGUGUAAUGCCUCCAGAUGUGGGGUUGCUAGAGUUAAAGGGGCCAUCCUGAUACUCUGUGUUUAACUCACAGCAUCAGUGUUGAUGGUAGUUAUAGUGAACGUUCUACUCUCGGCAUCAGUAACUGCUUCUAUGUGCUUGUAUUAGAAACCCGGUCCCCGACUUGGGAUCCAUAUCUGAACCAGCGACUUUUCUGUGCCACCAGCCGUGUUUAAGCGAAUACUUUUCUAAACACAACGCCUAGUGCUCAUGAUUUUUCGUCUGUGUCAGACCUGGAAGAAGCAACUUCAUUUAUACAAAGCCCCUUCUUGCACCAUGUCUGCUCCCCCUCUGUACCUAUUACUGACACCCCUAAUCUAGUUAGACAGCUCCCAUAAAUAAAUCUCUAUGUAUGGGAGCUGUCCACACCCAGCAUGCUCUCUGCUUCCUUUAUAGCACACCUUCCUAAUUAUAUCCUAAAUCAUACAACAGAAAUAAUAGGCUCUCACUAUAGUACUAAAAAACUUACACAUUUUUGGCAGCAGUAAAUAGUACAAGGAUUCCAGGACAAGUUAAAAGGAGACAGAGUAUAUCGCACCCAAUCUAGGUGUACCGGUAUUAUACGUACAUAGGUCUUUAGGUUGUUCAACACAGUUGACCUCAGACUGAAACAAAAAAGACACCAAAAUAGUGCAGCACAAUAUGAUGUAUAUAAGUAAUAGACUUUAAUUAUUGUGUACAAUACACUUACAUUUGUUAGAGCUCUGCUGUUGGGCGCAUGGGCGGUAUAAUUCCCAUCUAGGAUGUAUGGUGGUUCAACCAACACAGGUACUGCAGUUAAAGUGCAGUUUGCAGGAUAUAUGUGAAGGCAAAUACAGAAAACUCCAAUGGUGAAGUAAGUACUUAAACCAGAUGAAGAUAAAGUAAUGUACUUACAUUUCCCAAAGCAAAACUUGCUCUAGUGUAAACAACAAGGGUGGUGUAAUCCCGCCUGAGGAUAUGAUUUCACCAGGAAGCAAGAUGGUGAAUAUGUAUAAAAGUUAACUUUGUAUUAAACCAAAACAAUUUAUAAAAGCAAUAAAAUCGUUGUAAAACUGUCUCACUUUACACGUUUCACCUCUUCAAGGCUUCUUUAGAAGUGAAGUUGGGUCCUUAUAGCUUCCAGUUUAUAUAAAUUGCUGAUCGCUUCCUGGUGAGUCUGUUUAACAACUUCCUGUUACCAAUCUGGAACGCACGCGUCAUACCGGAAGUGACACAGCGUUUGUCAAUCAUUGGUAGUCUCAUUAGACUUUAUGCACCUUGAUUAGGAACGCACACGUCAUUCCGGAAGUGACGGGGCGUUUGUCAAGCAUUGGUAGUCUCAGUAGACUUUAUGCACCUUGAUUAGGAACGCACACGUCAUUCCGGAAGUGACUGGGCGUUUGUCAAUCAUUGGUAGUCUCAUUAGACUUUAUGCACCUUGAUUAGGAACGCACACGUCAUUCCGGAAGUGACGGGGCGUUUGUCAAGCAUUGGUAGUCUCAGUAGACUUUAUGCACCUUGAUUAGGAACGCACACGUCAUUCCGGAAGUGACUGGGCGUUUGUCAAUCAUUGGUAGUCUCAUUAGACUUUAUGCACCUUGAUUAGGAACGCACACGUCAUUCCGGAAGUGACGGGGCGUUUGUCAAGCAUUGGUAGUCUCAGUAGACUUCAUGCACCUUGAUUAGGAACGCACACGUCAUUCCAGAAGUGACGGGGCGUUUGUCAAUCAUCGGUAGUCUCAGUAGACUUUAUGCACCUUGAUUAGGAAAGCACACAUCAUUCCGGAAGUGACGGGGCAUUUGUCAAUCAUUGGUAGUCUCAGUAGACUUUAUGCACCUCGAUUAGGAACGCACACGUCAUUCCGGAAGUGACGGGGCGUUUGUCAAUCAUUGAUAGUCUCAUUAGACUUUAUGCGUUGCUAAAAAUGGCGUAGCUGCGUUCCAGUCACUAGUAAUUCUGUAUUAUAAGCCCCUCACGUAAUCGAAACAAAAGGUAUAGAGUCUGUUAUAAAUCAAACACUAAUGUUAAAUAGAAAUGAACUCCUAGAAAAAGAAAAAAAAUCAAAAGAACCCAAAGUUUCCUUUACCUAUUGUAUUAGAUUAUAACAAGCACUGGCACCUAUUAAAAGAAGAUUCAUUACAGAAAGAUCUAAAGUAGCUUUUAGAGGGGCUCCAAAUUUAACAAUGCACCUUACAAAAAAUUAUACGAGGGUAAGCCUAUACGAUAGGAAAGGUACAUUCGGUACUUUGUUCGUUUCACGAACAGUGUUGAAAGUCACUGUUCGUGAAACUACUGUAUGAAUGCUGGUGGCUUUCAUGCCACCAGCAUACGAAUGCUCUCGUUCGCAUAAGAUACAGAUACAUGGCUAUGCUUGGUUCUAACAGCCUUAAAGCUAUAACAUCACAUUAAUGCAAAUACAGUUCUAAGUGGCUAGUUUUUCCACACAGGCACUCGACGACCAAACGCCGCUGGGCUAAAAGUGAAUCCAAGAUGGCCGCCGCCGCGUGGUCAGUAUCCGAACGGCGGCCACCCCGCGAACCACUAGUAUACGAAUGCCCUCUAUCACCUUUUUAAGCGAACACAUGAAACAACAUAGAUCAAACAGCCUUUCUAGGACAACCAUUAGAUAUAAAGGAAUAGUCUGAAGUGGCUAGGUUUGCCACAAUGCUCCCCCAGAACCAAGCCGACAUACACAGUCUGAUCCCAGCGGAUCGGCUUGGGGAUGUCCAGAGGUGUACUCACAGAUCACUUUUCAAGUUCAGUUUGUCUGGAUAACCUGUCAGCGUUGCCAUUUUGCUUGCCAGGGCGGUAAUGAAUGGUAAAGUCAAAUGGUUGCAGCGCGAAGCUCCAGCGCAGCAGCCAGGCAUUGUCCACAGCCACCAGGCAUUCUUUCUCAAUGGUGGCGUAGCUUACUUCUCGUGGUAAUAACUUUCUGCUUAAGUAAGCUACGGGAUGUUCUCCGCCAUCUGCUCCAACUUGGCUCAGCACUGCUCCCAAUCAAAACAUUGAAGCGUCUGUGUGAACAAGAAAUCGUUUAGUUGGAUCAGGAGCAGCAAGUACAGGUGCAUUGGUCAAAGCAGUUUUGAGUUGUUGAAAUGCCUGAUCACACUCUGGGGCCCAGAUGACCUGUCGAAGAUUUUUGCGUGUCAAGUCAGUAAGGGGUUUGGCCAGGGCACUGUAAUUGGGUACAAACUUCCGGUAGUACCCUGCGGUACCCAGGAAGGCUAACACUUGGGGGGUAGGCCACUUAGCUACAGCCUCUAUUUUGGCGAGUUCCGGUUUCUGUUGCCCACUCCCUACCCUGUGACCAAGAUACUGUACCUCCGCCAUCCCUAUGUGACACUUGCUGAGUUUUAGCGUCAACACUGCCUCUCCAAUACGGUCAAUGACAGCUCCAAUAUGUCUCAGAUGGUCUGACCACGUCUGGCUAGAUAUGGCGAUAUCGUCCAGGUAUGCACAUGCAUACUCCUGGAACCCAUCCAGUAGCGAUCUACCAUCCUUAGAAAAGUAGCCGGAACGUUUUUUAUCCCGAAUGGUAUGACUUGAAACUGGUACAGGCCAAACGAGGUGACAAACACCGACUUGGGAAUGGCAUCUUCGGCUAAAGGAAUCUGCCAGUACCCCUUGCACAAGUCAAUCGUAGUGAGGUACUGGCCUCGUGCCAUCUUAUCUAGCAGCUUGUCUAUCCGGGGCAUCGGGUAGGCAUCAGAUACUGUUUUGUCAUUUAGCCUCCAGCAGUCAACACAGAACCGUGUUGUGCCAUCCUUCUUGGGUACUAGCACUACCGGCGAUGCCCAGGGGCUAUCGGAAUGUUCGAUAACCCCUAGCUGCAACAUCUCUUCAAUUUCCUUCCACAUAUGUUCCCUGACUGCUUCCGGGAUACGAUAUGGGGUCUGCCGCAUCGGUAGCUGUCCUGGGGUCUCUACUCGGUGAGUGGCUAGCGGGGUGUACCCUGGUAAAUUGGAGAAAGUGGCUCCCUUAGCCGCAAUUAACUCCUGUACCUGGGCACACGCCUGAGGACUUAGCCGCUCCCCCAGCUGAACACCCGUGGAGUUCUCUGCCUGAUCUUAUCGCUCUAAUAAGUCGGCUAGAGGAAGAUUCUCCUGAUCCUCAGAGGCUGAUGCGCAUAUAGCUGCCACGUCCUCUAUCCUCUCAUGGUAGGGUUUGAGCAUAUUCACGUGGAGCAUGCGUCUCUUCCCUGCCCCUGAGCAGGGGCCAAUUACAUAGGUGUUGUCACAUCUCUGCUCCACCACCUGGUAUGGGCCCUGCCAGGUGGCCUGCAGCUUGUCAUUGCAGACAGGUUUAAAAAUCAAAACUUUCUGUCCCACUUGAAAGCUGUGGUCCCUUGCUCCCCUAUCAUACCAUCGGUGCUGGCGUUGUUGGACCGCUUAGAGGUUUACCCGUACGGUCUCUGAAUUCCAGCACACAUGGUACAAUGGGUAUCCCAUCUGCACUGCUUUCCCCUUCCCAAUGCUCUCUAAUUAAAUUUAGGGAUCCUCUCAUCCUCCUCCCAAACAAUAAUUCAAAGGGGGAAAACCCGGUGGACUCUUGAGGUACCUCUCUGUAGGCGAAAAGCAAAUGGGGUAAAAAUCUCUCCCAGUCCUUAUGGGCCUCUCCAAAUGUACGGAGCAUCUGCUUUAAAGUUCUGUUGAACCUUUCACAUAACCCAUUGGACUGAGGGUGGUAAGCAGAGGUCACAAAAGGCUUAAUGCCACAUAUUUUCCAGAGUUGGUGGGUUACUUCGGCUGUGAACUGCGUGCCCCUAUCGGAGGUUAUCUCCUGUGGGAACCCCACCCGGGAAAAGACUUUCAUUAAGGCUUCUGCCACCGUCUCUGCGUGAAUAUUAGAGAGGGCUACUGCCUCGGGGUACCUGGUGGCGUAAUCAACCACGGUCAAGAUGUACUUCUUCCUUCCUAUUUACCACCCUUAAAACUAUGGGAAUAGGCCCCAAUUACAUACAAUGGGUGAGAACACUGUAUAAGGGACCAUCAGCCACAGUUGGAGUCAAUGGGCAAAACUCCCCCCCCCCCCCCCCCCCUUUACCAUAGGCAAUGGUACGAGACAGGGGUGCCCUUUGUUGCCACUACUAUUCGUUCUGGUGGUGGAACCAUUCCUAAAUGAUAUCAGGGCAAAUAACAACAUUAAAGGCAUCAGGGCAGGCGGACAGGUGCUUCUUACCCACACCCACCCUGAGCGAUCCCUCCCACAUCUUCAAAACAAGAGAAUACUUCAGCACAUACUCUAACUUCAAGAUAAACGCUGAUAAGUGUGAACUAAUGGGAAUAAACCUAAACCCGACCCAACACAAGCACAUAAGCCACACUUACCCUUAUAAAUGGGCAAACACAGGCCUCACAUAUUUAGGCGUUAAACUUACACCCACAACUACAAGCAUCUAUAGAAUGAACUAUAUCCCCCUAUUGGCUAACAACUGAAUCACAACUGAAACAAUGGGACAAACCACACUUCUCCCUAUUUGGAAGAGUCAACCUAAUUAAGAUGAUGAUACUACCAAAAAUCCUAUAUAUAUUUCAAACGCUCCCCAUCGAGUUUGGACGCUCGUUUUUCCACACACUGAAAAAAACCUUCCUCUUGUUUAUCUGGGGAAAUAAAAAAAAUCCCGAUUGGCAUAUGAAACACUCACACGGGACAAAAAGAAAGGAGGUAUGGGAUUUCCCCAUAUAUACAACUACUACAUAGCAGUCCUAUUCACUAGAAUAAGGGAAUGGACAGAUAUAAUGCACAAAAAAGCGUGGUAGAACAAAGCUAUGCACAAGCUCCUCUGUCAUACCUCCCCUGGCAAACAUGCCAACUACAGCAGAUAACAAACAUAACCCACCCCCUUAUCCCCCACAUCCUAAAGAAAUGGAGAUCACACAAAAACACAUGGAACUUGUCACCAGGCAUUUCUCCAUUAUAUCCAUUAAACCAAAACCCAGAUAAACUAGGGGACAGGGGAGCACAUACUAUAAUAAAACUAUCAGGGAUGCCGAAUCCGCAACUAGGAGACCUACUGACGGAAGAUACACCACCUAAACUCAAAAAUUUCCAAAACCCAGGAGGUCACCACUCACUAAUAGAAGCAAUGAGAUACACACAAAUGAGGGACUCUCUCACCCAAAAAGUACUACCAAACUGGACUCCAAGAGGACUGACACACUUUGAGAAACUAUGCACGACCACAAAACCACAGAAACGCACCCUAUCACAAAUUUACAAACUCAUCCAAACUUCCGAUAAUGAUCAGGAGAUCCUGGCAUGCCAACGAAAAUGGAUGAAGGAACUACACAUACACAUGACACACCAGGACUGGGCAUAUAUCUUCACAAAACCCAUGCACAUUUCCAUUAGCCUAUCAAGACACUAGUCUUUCUAUAAGCGCAUUACGCAGUGGUAUAGGACUCCAGACGUACUUCGUUUGUAUUGGCCAACAGUUAGUGAUAAAUGUUGGAGAUGCAAGGGAGACGUGGGCAAUAUGGGGCAUCCAUGGUGAUUUUGUCCACAAAUAAAAACAUAUUGGGCGGAAGUAAUAUCCAAGAUUAAUGAGAUCUUAAGGGUGCCACACUCCCUAACUCCCUCCCAGGUCCUGCUGGGAUGGCCGCAAUCUUUCCAAUGUAUGAGGAGUCAGCGCCUGCUAUGGCUCCUUCUGGUAGAAGCAAACAACCUUAUACCAGUCUACUGGAAACAAACUGUAUAGCCCAAUGGAUAGAAAGGGUAGAGCACAUGAGAGAAAUGGAAAUGCUACAUUGGUCCACAAUAGGCAAAUAUAACACCUACCUAAACACAUGGGAACACUGGCUAAAACAUUGGGCACAGACACGAAAUCAACCACAAUAGAUUGAAAAGUGAUAAUGAAAAACACCUUGUACCUUUCUUCCCCCUCACAUGUACAUAGUAUCCCCCCGCCCCACCCCAUACCCUACCCCCAGUAUAUCUGGUGACCCCAGUUGACAACCUCACACCAAAGAUUCAAAGAAAUACAGAACACUAGGACAACACAUGUGGUAAUAUAACAAGAGUUACAUAGGAAUCGUUGUCUAUCUCCAUACUGCUGUAUAAAUUGAAACUUACCAUCCCCUUCCUAACCUCCUCCCCCUCUUUCUCUUCUGUACCCCCUCUUAUCUGUUGUGAAAUAUCAAUAAAAUUUGAAUUAAACAAAAAAGAUGUACUUCUUUCCGGAGGGACUGGGUUUGGGUAAGGGUCCUACUAUGUCUACGGCCACCCUACUAAACGGCUCUUCUAUAAUGGGUAGCGGGCAUAAUUUAGCCUUGUGUCGGUCACCCCUUUUGCCUACUCUCUGACAGAUGUCACACGUCUGGCAGUACUGCCUAACAUCUUUAGAUAUACCUGGCCAGAAGAAUGCAUGGGUCAGUCGGUAUCUAGUUCGGGUCAUACCCAGAUGCCCAGACAAUGGAAUGUCAUGAGCAGUCCUAAGGAGUUUCUGUCUGUAUAUCUGAGGUACUACCAGUUGUCUAGUAGUAACAUUUACAGAUCCCCCCCCACCACCCUUUCAGCAGUACGGUAUAAUAACCCCUUUUCCCAGGCAUACCGCUCCCCCUCUAAACCUGCCUGAUCAGAGGUCACCCUAUCUCUAUAUACCUUCAACGUAGGGUCUAGCUUACCCUGACUGAAUUUGGAGCAGAGGUUAUCCCAGGGAACACGAGUCAUAGAGGGUACAUUGUCUCUUACCUGAGCCUCAGAGUGUGUAGUUGAAGCCGUGGCGCGAGCCUGUUGCCUUGUGUUUACCGGAUGCGCCACUUGAGGUACAAAAGCCAAAGUCAUUCUGCCUAGGUCAUUCCCCAAUACGACAUCUGCCGGCAGUUUUUGCAUCAGGCCCACCUCCACCAUGUCUUCCCCCACGCCCCAAUUCAAGUGUACUUUGGCUGUUGGCAAUCGGUACAUCGCUCCCCCUGCUACUCGGACUGCCACGGAUCCGUCCAUGUGCACCUUGCCUGGAACCAGAUGAGGUGCUACUAAGGUCAGAGUGGCCCCCGAGUCUUGGAGCCCUUGUACUUCUCUCCCCUCCAGGGUUACCAUCUGGCGAUGAGGGUGCAGAUUGUCUGUGGCUUGUGCAGACAUCACGUCAUGAAGUACUCCCAGGGGCUCUUCCGUGUGAUUAAACAUUAGCUCAUGGGGUGCUGGCUCUGCCUGGUAGUGGUGAGCGGCUGCUUGUGGUACUGGGUUCGGUCUUACUUGGCUCCAUGCUUGACGACUCCGGUUCUGAGUGCACUCUCUCGCCAUGUGGCCCCAUUGCUUGCAGGUAUGGCACUGAAUGUUGGAUCGGCCAUUGUAUCGGGACGGUGGGUUUUGUCCCUCAGUUGCUGGCCGGAAUGGUGCUGUUGUGGGUGCGGUGGUAGCAGCUGUAAGUGGCUGGGUGGUGGGUCGAGUAUACCCUUGGUUGAGAUUGCCAUGAUGCCUCCUAGCGUCAUAGUGCUGGUCCGCCAGCCGUGCAGCUUCAGUUAAUGUGAGGGGUUUUCUAUCUCUCACCCAUUCUUGUGCCUCGGGUACCAGACCAUUGAAAAACUGCUCCAACAAUAGCAGCUGGCGUAACUCUUCCAUGGUGGUAGCUUGACUAGCUUGUAUCCACCCCUGGGAGGCUUGAUCAAGCUUGUGUGCCCACUCUGCGUGUGAAUCCUUAUCUGGUUUGCGCAGUCCUCUAAACUUGCGCCGGUAUGCCUCCGGGAUAAUGGCAUAUCUCUCCAAUAUGGCUUGUUUUACCUUGGCAUAAUUUUUGCUGUCCUCUCUGGGCACGGCCCGAUAUGCUUCUGCUGCCCAACCAGAUAAUUUGCCUGCCAGUAAGGGUACCCACACUGCCUGCUCCAGAUCAUGCAGGUCACACAGUCUUUCAAAAUAUUGUAGGUACCCAUGAAUCUUGUCUUUGUCUUCACAAAACAUUUUAAAAGCAUGGUGCGGUAUCUUUGGCUUUACCUGGUUGGUGAUUGAAGCAGCAGUAGAUUCUGCUCUGGAGAGUAAAUCCUGCGGUCUGUGUGUCAUCACAUACUCAUGCACAUCUGCUAUCAGUACAGUCAGCAUUUCCAGAGGUACUGGAUGGGGUAAGAAUUCCAGCCUUUUUCUCAUCUUUCUGGAAUGGGGUCUCUUCCAUGUCUGGUGGAGGUGUAGCGCUGCGAGCUCUGUCUCCCUCCAUUAGUUCAGCAAUAAGUACAGCUUUCGACUUAUUGCUGGCUAUCUUACCCCUUGUGACGAGACCAAUCUCGCCACAUUGCAUUGGAGAAGCCUGGUUGCUCGCCUGUUGCCUUUGGAUUAUGGCCCCAUGUUAAAAGGCUUGAUUUUCCCCUGCAAAGACAAGAAAGCCGGGUCAUUUGGUGCUUGCCCUGUUUGAGCAGUGAUACCCCAGAUAGCUAUGCCAUGGAGCCCAUUCGUAUAAUGAAAGACUAUGGGAAAGACUUUGGCAAAGACUCCAUGGCAAUUGAACUGUAUGUGUGUGCUCUGAGCGCCAUUCAGUAAUAAUGUGCGCUCAUACCUAAGCUAUCUGGGCAUAUGUUGCAUGUCUGUAUUUUAUGUCAUAAAUGUAACCUUGUGCAUUUUAUUGUAUUUUACUGUCUUUUUGCUGCCAUGUGUUCAAUGGAGUUUUGCCUCUGUCUUUGGAGAUAAUUGGGCAGAAAAGCCAUGCUUCCUGUGGUCACAAAGGACUACGAUCUAUCUUUUGAACUACUGGACCAAUUUGUAUGAUUUUGACGUAUGUUUGUAUUUGGAGUAUGCUGAUUCUAAAAAAAUUAAGUUUUAAGUGAAUGUGAUGCAUACUUUUCAAGUUAUGAAUAAUGUGGAAAAACUGUAUUUCUCUGCUUGUGCUAAAUUACAUUACCCAUUGUGUAAGGUAAUUGAAUCACAUGCAGAGGGGAGGAAUUUGUGUGGGAGUGUCUGAGUGUAUUGUAUGUGCUUAUUGGUUGUGUUCCAAAACCCUGUGGGUGGUACUAAUGUGUAAGAAUGUGUACAUAAGCACAAUAAACCCACAGCUCUGUCUGUUCACUGCUUGACCCUCAACACGGAGCUUUGUCUCGUUCUUGGGGGGAUUUAUUGUAUGCUGUUCCAGUUUGACUGCUAGGAGUGUAAACCUAUUCGCAUGGUUUUUCCUGUUCGGCUGCUUACAGUAUUCGUAUGGUUUCCUGUUUGGCGGAUUGGUGUUCUGCAGUAGCUGUGCCUGCAUCUCUGGAAGUGGAAGAUCUUCUAAACGGCGGUUUAACCCUUUUAUGCUUAUGGUGCCGUAACACCCCUGGCUUCCAAUAGUUCUUUUAACGUUUGACGUUUCAAUGUAGUAUAAUCUGUCUCCAUUCACCUGUGUUCGUUUCUUUGUUGCAUACGAAUUGCCAUUCACUUUCCCGUUCGGCAGUUUCAAUUGCACGAACACCGCUUUUCGGCUGUUAGGUUGAAUCCCAUCACUUGCCACCAAUUGUAGCAGAGCUGCAAUAUUAAAUCCCAAUAUCUCCGCUGGUAAAAGAAAAUAAUCCAAGAAAAGCACUGAAUGAAGGCAAUAUACCAAAUCCCCCAGUAACCGGACAAAACACAGUUCUGGGAGUCAACUGAGGUUUUUAUUCACAUGCUCCAGUAUCGACGACCAAACACCGCUGGGCUAAAAGUGAAUCCAAGAUGGCCGCCGCCGCGUGGUCGGUAUCCGACCGGCGGCCACCACGCGAAUCCAUUAACUGGGGAACGCUACAAUGUUGCAAUCUGUUAAUGGGAGCCAAAUGAUCUCCUGUGUGUGGUCUCCCAUUCGGUACUUUGUUUGUUUCAUGAACAGUGUUGAAAGUCACUUUUCGUGAAACUACCAUAUGAAUGCUAGCGGCUUUCGCGCCACUAGCAUACGAAUGCCCACUAUCACAUUUUUAGGCGAACACAUGAAACAACAUAGAUUAAACAGCCUUUCUAGGACAACCAUUAGUGUUACGGUUACCUCCAAGCUAGCUGAAGGCUGGACCACUUGGAUGUCCUGGUUCCCGAGUGUGGAGAGAGGGAAACUCUGUUCCGUUCAGCAUACCACAAGAAUCCUGCGAAUAUAAAGCAGUCCCACUAGCUAUAGUACAGCUAGGAUACCCUUGUUCCCACAAAGCGAUUUGAGGGUCAAAACUAACUGGGUUUAAUGGCACACAGACAUCGCUAUUUAUGCAAAGCCCCAGGUCCUGGGACAGCCCCCUCUGGACCUGAUGGGAUACAGGGACAAUACAAACCGUUAACCAAUGACAUUAUAGUGUAGCGUUUGCAAUGGUCACCGCCCAGCUUGGAGAUAAUGACUCGGUUAUGGCAAUUUAAUUAUCCCCAAGCGCCCAAAAUCCCACGUAUUAUUGUAACAGUUAAAACAGUAUAAAAAUACUUAAUUGUAACAUUUUAAUAGACACAUUUUAUAUUUUACCAUUCGUUGGAUAGCCCAGAUCUGAGCACAGCAAAUAGGCGAAUAGCGCUCAGAUCUCACGAACGGUAUAGCCGUUUUUUCCAUACAAAGUCCUUUCGUGCCUUUUUGUCCCGAACACGAGAUGGCGGCCAUGUUUUCUGGUGGGUGAAUAGAGAGCAGGACCUGGCCCUAAAACCCCUGGAGUGAGUAAUGGAUAAACAGUUGCGCGAAUACCGCUCAGUGGAUGGUUGUCCCAGCCCCUUGUGAGCUUAACAGAGACCGCCAUGAAGGGGGGUACUUAGCUUGUGGUUAACCGCAGACCCAACGUUAUAAUUGGGGCCACACGCCUGAGUGUAGGUGGUGCUCGUUUGGGAGUCUUUCUGGAGUUUCAGUUCGGUGAAUUAUUAUCCGAACAAGGUCAUCCUGAGGCAGUCAAUUAGGCUUGUGGUUAACCGCAGACCGCAGCUUUCCGGUGGUCAAUUGGAAUCACACUCCGCUUGUAAGGUGGUCGGCCGUUCGGUUGUUUCAGAGGUGAAAGAGGUUAAGUGGCAGCACACGCCAAGGGCCGGGUGGUCUUUGUUUGUAUGCACGAAUACAUAGUCCUGACUGUUCGUGUAAUGUGUUUAUACAGUAGUACUACCGAAACAGAGUAUACGGUAAAAUAAAACAGGGUAAUCCAGUAUCUGUAGAGCGCCCAUAAGAGUGCUCCCUCCUAGUGGAACACUCUGGCAGACACCGUCUGACCCCUUUUCGAGGCAGACUAAGGCUGUCCAGACUGGUAGGUUAGGCUGGACUGAGGUCUGUUUGUCGAGAUAACCCGUUGGCAUUGCCAUUCUGUUUUCCGGGUCUGUAGGUGAUGGUAAAAUUAAAGGGUUGUAAUGAUAAGCUCCAACGUAAGAGCCUGCCGUUGUCCCCAGAGACCCGGUUUAGCCACACCAACGGGUUAUGGUCAGUUACCAGAGUGAACUCUUGUCCAUACAAGUAGGGAGUCCGUUUCUUUAGAGCCCACACAAGGGCCAAACACUCCUUUUUCACUGCGGCAUAGCUGACCUCGCGUGGCAGGAGCUUUCGGCUGAUGUAGGCAAUCGGGUGCUACCCUCCAUCUUCUCCUACUUGGCUGAGGACUGCCCCCAAUAAAACGUUUGUUAGGGGCUGGGGCAGCCAAGAUGGGAGCAUUAACAAGAGCAGUUUUAAGAGCUUGAAACGCAGUUUCACAGUGGGGAGACCACAGGACAUGUCGGGGAAGGUUUUUCUUAGUCAGGUCGGUCAGUGGCUUGACUAUGGUACUGUAGUCGGGCACGAAACGCCUGUAGUAUCCUGCAGUGCCCAAAAAGGCUAGGACCUGGGUCUUGGUGGUGGGGGUGGGCCAGUUGGUGACAUCUAUCUUAGCCGGCUCUGGCCGCUGUUUCCCGAACCCCACCCGGUGACCCAGGUACUGUACCUCGGCCAUUCCAAAAUGGCACUUCUCUGGCUUCAGAGUCAGGCCAGCGGCCCGAAUCUGAUCCAGGACCAUUCCUACGUGAGCUAAGUGUUCCUCCCAGGAUUCACUGUGGAUCGCUAUGUCGUCUAGGUAUGCACAGGCAAAACCCUGGAAUGUGGCUGCGGCAUUCUUCAUCCCGAACGGCAUUACCUUGAAGUGGUAUAAGCCAAAUGGGGUGACGAAUGCCGACUUAGGGAUAGCUUCCUGGGCCAGGGGAAUUUGCCAAUAACCUUUACAGAGGUCAAUGGUAGUUAGUUUCCCCUGGCUAUACGGUCAAGUAUUUCAUCGACUCUGGGCAUAGGGUAGGCGUCCGUUACUGUCUUGUCGUUGAGCUUCCGAUAGUCCACACAAAACCGGGUAGUUCCAUCUUUCUUGGGGACUAGAUCUACCGGGGAUGCCCAUGGGCUAUCGGAAGACUCAAUCACCCCUAGUUGGAGCAUCUCCUCAAUCUCCGUUUCAUCCCAGCCCGAACUGCUUUGGGGAUUCAGUAGGGGGCCUAUUCGUAGGGGUUGCUGCCCUGGAGUGUCUACCACGUGGGUAGUUAGGUGAGUGUACCCUGGUUCUUGGGAGAAUGUAGUCCGUUUAGUGUGAAGUAGGAUUUAACUGCUCCCUGUCAGGAUCGAUACAGGGAUCCAACACGCAGAGUACUAAUAACUAUAAAGACGUAUACCGGACCUUAGAGUGGCCGGACUAAUGUCACACAAACAAAGAAUGGUCAGGAACGAGCCGAGGUCGAGGGUACGAGAAGACCGGUAAGCGGAAGCCAAGCUGAGUCCAAGGGUAGGAGAGAGAAACAAAGUCAGAAUACAAGCCAAGACAAUAACAGAAAACGCACUGAAGGAACAGACAAGCUGAAACCACAAAAGGGCAAUGAUUCACUGUAAGGGAGUACCCUUUAUACCCAGCCACCUUAAUUGAUGACCACGCCCCCAAACGUCCUGGUUUUUUUUUUUCGGCGGGCCGUGACGUCAUCGACGUCAUGAUGUCGGCGACGUCAUGACGUCGGCGAAAUUGCGCCGUGUCAUAAAAGGGGGCGGGGCUAUCGCAGCCGGCGUCUGAAGUGCCGAAAUUGCUGGAGAAGAAGGGUGCCUGUGUUCCCACCUGAGACUGGACUUCCAGAUGCCCAAUCUCCUCACUAUUGGCAACAACAGGUACCAUGACACUCCCUUUCCGUGUCAUUAAGUUGGUCCCCUAUCUGGACCUGGGCCACUAGGUCUGUGUGGGAGUUCCUUUCCAGCAAGUCUUGGAUGGGGAGGCUGUCUGGGUCCUCGUGAGGGGGAAUGCAGAUGGCGGUCACGUCCUCGGGUCUCUCUAGGUACUCCUUUAGCAUAUUAAUGUGAAAGGUUUUUCUCAGGUUUUUGUAAUGGCAACUGGCAAUUGUAUAUGUGGUGUCCCCCUUCUUUUCUACAAUCUGGUAAGGACUUUGCCAGGUGGCCUGCAGUUUGUCUGCCUUGACUUGUUUGAGUACCAGAACCUUCUCCCCUAUGGCAAAGCUCCAUGCUCGGGCGCCCCGGUCGUACCAUACUUUCUGUCUCCUCUGCGCCGACUGGAGAUUAACCUGGACAGACCUGGCUAAUUGCUCCAUUCGGUCCCGGAGUUCCAGCACGUAUGGCAUGAUGAGGACCCCGGCAUUCUCGUUUUCCCCCUCCCAGUGCUCUAGGAUCAAGUUCAGGGGUCCCAGUACCUUGCGUCCGUAGAGCAGCUCAAAAGGAGAAAACGCGGUCGUUUCCUGGGGCACCUCCCGGUAUGCGAACAUGAAGUGCAGUAGGAAGCAUUCCCAAUCCCUAUAUUCCUGAGUGAAGGUUUUGAGCAUCUGUUUGAGGGUCCCGUUGAACCUCUAACAGAGUCCAUUAGUCCAAGAGAAUACCUGAACCAACGCAUUAGCUACAGUGUCUGCCUGGAUGUUAGAUAGGGCCACGGCUUCAGGGUACCUGGUAGCAUAGUCAACUACGGUAAGAAUAUAACGUUUACCGGAGGGACUAGGGGUAGCCAGUGGCCCCACUAAAUCAAUAGCAACCCGGCUGAAUGGCUCCUCUAUAAUGGUCAUAUUCAUUAGGUGUGCCUUAGGAUGUGUUGCAAUGUGUCCUAACGUCCGCGUGUACCCCAGGCCAGAAGAAGGUGUGGGUAAUACGGUGUAGGGUGCGAGUUACAGCCAAGUGGCCAGCUAAGGGAAUAUCAUGCCCUAUCCUUAGUAUCUCCUGUCUGUACUUAUACAGGACUACCAAUUGUUGCCUAUGCUGUCCCUUCUUCUCUGUUAGACGGUACAGUUUCCCCUUCUCCCAUACAAAUGUCUAGUUAUCUAGCCCCCCUCCCCCAGAUUCGGCUUUGGUCGGGUCAGAUUUGGGCUCGUUCUCAAAGGUGGCUGGGGUAUCCCAGGGUAUGGGAUCUAAUGGGGCAGUCAGGGUCGGAGUGGGUCUUACCUGUGGCUCCCGCAAUGGUGAAUGGUCUGGCUGGUUCCUGGCUUGUGCUCGGGUAGUCACCGGAUGAGCAUCGGGGGUAUAGGACGGGGCAUAAGCAGAUGUCAUAGGUCCCAAAUCGUUGCCCAGUAAUACCUCUGCUGGCAAAUUAUCCAUGAUUCCCACCUUCACAGUCCCUUUUCCCGCCCCCAAUCAAGAUGGACCUUGGCGGUCGGGAUUUUGUAUACAUCCCCCCCAGCCACUCGAACGGCCACAGUCUGUCCUGAAUGCUUGUGCUCCGGCACCAAGUGGCUUUGAACCAGGGUUAUUGUAGCUCCAGUGUCCCGCAGUCCCUCUGUGGGGUGUCCCUCAAGCCAUAAUUUCUGCCUGUGGUGUUGGCGGUUGUCGGAGGCAGCAUAUACUGGGUCUGCUUCCUGGAGGGGUCCCAGGUAUUCUUCCAUGGGACCCUCCUGGUUAACACACAGAGCUCUGGCCGGCAGGGACGAUCCCAUGGAGUUAUUGUAAUUCCGGGGGGUUUGGUGGUGAUUGUUGAGAGGGCAAUUCGCCAUGAGAUGCCCUGGUUGCUUGCACCGAAAACAUGUUGGUUGCGGACGUUCAGCAGUGUGACUAUUGGGUGGUCCGGGGUGCCUGGUAGGUCCUGCUGGCACUGGAGCCCUGAAGUCAGGUCGGGACAGUGUUCGGUAGUUCUCCCGGCUUUCGGUACGAAUCGUCGGUCGGUAGUUGUUGCUUUCGUGUAACCGUGAAUCACAAUGUUCAUUAGCCAACCUAGCAACCUCUGUGAGGGUAGUGGGCCUACGAUCACGAAGCCAUUCCUUGCACCGUUGAUCUAAUCCAUUGUAAAAAUGUUCCAAAAGAAAUAACUAGAGAGAUACCAGCUAUGCCUCACUGAUGAUGCCUAACAAGGCUGAAACGAUCGUCUGGGGUUGCUGUAUCUCUCGUGCAGAGAGAACUUGCUGGCAUUUCGGAUCUGGACUGCCCGUAUGGGUGGGACCAGUCUGAUAUGCUUCAGAUAUGUUCUCUCUGUAAUGGCACAAGUUGAGCUAAAACCAGCUUGAGUUCUGAGCGGGGACCCACCGAAGGGCAGGCUAUUUUAGCGGCUGUCUGUUCUCAGAAUACUCUUGCGACCCAUUUUUGCUCUCCAUUAGUUUAAAGGGUAAUCCAGACGUGGACCCCUUGCUCACGGUGCCUAGAGAGAUACCAGCUAUGCCUCACUGAUGAUGCCUAACAAGGCUGAAACGAUCGUCUGGGGUUGCUGUAUCUCUCGUGCAGAGAGAACUUGCUGGCAUUUCGGAUCUGGACUGCCCGUAUGGGUGGGACCAGUCUGAUAUGCUUCAGAUAUGUUCUCUCUGUAAUGGCACAAGUUGAGCUAAAACCAGCUUGAGUUCUGAGCGGGGACCCACCGAAGGGCAGGCUAUUUUAGCGGCUGUCUGUUCUCAGAAUACUCUUGCGACCCAUUUUUGCUCUCCACUGUAACACCUCCUCACCCAUUACGGCUUGGCAUGCUUUCAUCCAGUGAUCGGUUGCUCUCCUCAUCCGAUGAGCCCAUUCGUUAUGUGUAUCAUUCGGCUUUUUCUUCGUGUUACUAAAUUGCCUGCGAUAAGUAUCUGUGGUUACUGCAUACCGUUGUAACAAGGUGUCUUUAACCCGGUCAUAUUUGGUCACCUCCUCGGCAGAUAGUGUACGGAAAGCAUCUAGGGCUCGGCCCGACAGUUUCCCCGAUGUAUGGUGGGCCAGUCCUCGCUGGGUAUUCGGUGAAGCGCACACUGCCUCUCAAAGUCGGCCAGAUAUUCGUCGAUCCCCAUCUCAUUCUCUAGGAAUGAUCGGAAUGCUGCAUGGGGAAUCUUUGGUUUCCCAGUCCACUCUGCCGGGUUAGUUGCCAUCACUGCAGCGGGGUUUUGCUGGGGUGUGCACAGGCUGAGCUCGUGUGCUCUGGCCUCUCGGAUCUCCACAUCCACUUGUGCCAUAGUUUGCUGUAUUAAUUCCACAAUCUGGUUUGGGCCGAACCAGGAGAGCCUCUCCCGGACAAUCCUGUUCUUUGCUAGCGGACAUCGGAGCCUCCGUCAUUGUCAGGCUUUGAUCCAGUUCCGUCAGUUCUACGAUCAGCUCCUUCCUAGGUCGGUUGCUAGCAUUCCCACCUCUGCUUUCUAGCAGAUCCUUUAUCGUGGUGCGUUUGAGAUUGUCAUAAGCACUCUCCAUCCGCUCUGUACCUCUCCUAGGAAUUCCAGGACGAUCCCGCCGCUUGCCACCAAUUGUUACGGUUACCUCCAAGCUAGCUGAAGGCUGGACCGCUUGGAUGUCCUGGUUCCCGAGUGUGGAGAGAGGAUAAUGCUGUUCCGUUCAGUAUACCACAAGAAUCCUGCGAAUAUAAAGCAAUCCCACUAGCUAGUGGCUGCGAUUUGAGGGACAAAACUAACUGGGUUUAAUGGCACACAGACAUUGCUAUUUAUGCAAAGCCCCAGGUCCAGGGACAGCCCCCUCUGGACCUGAUGGGAUACAGGGACAAUACAAACAGUUGACCAAUGGCAUUAUAGUGUAUCGUUUGAAAUGGUCACCGCCCAGCUUGGAGAUAAUGACUCGGUUAUGGCAAUUUAAUUAUCCCCAAGCGCCCAAAAUCCCACGUAUUAUUGUAACCGGUAAAACAGUCUAAAAAUACAUAAUUGUAACAUUUUAAUACACAUUUUAUAUUCUACCAUUCGUUGGAUAGCCCAGAUCUGAGCACAGCAGAUAGGCGAAUAGCGCUCAGAUCUCACAAACGGUAUAGCCAGUUUUUUCCAUACAAAGUCCUUUCGUGCCUUUUUGUCCCGAACACGAAUGGCUCCAAAACUCAAUGCAAAAGCCACUCCAACACCUCCACACUCGACGCCACGUGUUACCCGCAGGCUCCAGCAUGCAGGGGACGGUGCUAUAAACCUCCCAGGCGCAAUGCAUCCUGGGGAAACAUGUUUUGUAUUGUGAAAAGAAGUUGUACACCGAAGGCAUUAUUUUCAAUGGAUUUUCAUUUGUAAACCAAAAAUUGUUAACUGAGGCUUUUGUAAACCGAGGUCCCACUAUAUAUACAAUUUUAGAGUGUUAAUAAUUUAAAUUUUUUUUUUUUUUUAAACAAUUAUAUGUGUUCUUUAUUUUCAUUAUUUAAAUAUACAUGUUUUACAACAAAGUUUAUAUACGUAUUCGGCUUGUACUUUUUUUUUUUUUUUUUAAACAAUUAUGCCAUCAUUACUAUAAAUUUUAAUUUUUCUAAUGUUUUUAAAAAAAAUGAUUUAUAACUCUACUUGGUUAUAUAUACUAUUUUGAUUAUAUAUACCUAACUUUUGCCCUUUCUAAAAAUGGCAGACAAGCCGUCUUUUCUCUCUAAAUAAGUUAUGUGUAUGCCUAUGGAGAAUCCAAGUGUUGCGUCACUUCCUGUAAGAUGCGACCAGCGAGAUGAUCUGUACCGCCUGUACCCUCGGACUAUGUAAGGGGCUUAUAAUACAGAUUACUAGCGAUUGGAACACAGCGACUCCAUUUUUAGCGACGUGUGUGUUCCAAAUCGAGGUGCAUGAAGUCUACUGAAACUACCAAUGAUGGUAGUUCCGGUAUGACGCGUGCGUUCCAGCUUGGUAACAGAAAGUUGUUAAACAGACUCACCAGGAAGCUAUCAGCAAUUUAAAUCCACCUAUAUAAACUGGAAGUUAUAAGGACCCAACUACACUUCUAAAGAAGCCUUGAAGAGGUGAAACGCGUAAAGUGAGUUUUUUUUUUUGUUUUUUACAACUAGUUUAUUGCUUUGGUUUAAUAAAAAGUUAACUUUUAUAGAUAUACUUCCCUUUUUUACCUAUUCACCAUCUUGCUUCCUGGUGAAUUCAUAUCCUCAGGUGGGGAUAACACCACCCUUGCUGUUGUCAGGAUUAUAGUUGAUCCAGCACGCAGAAUAGUAUCACACCUAAAGACUAAGGAUAACGUCUAACUGGACCUUAGAAUAGCCGGACUUAUUGCAGAACAUUUAAAGGUUGUCUGAAAUAGCUGUGUUAACCUGGUGUAAAAAUUUAUUCGUGUGUUUUAGAAUAGAGAGCAUGCAUAGGCUAACAGCCGUGAAUAAAAUUUUCAGUUGACUUCUGGAGCCGUGAAUAAAAUUGUCAGUUGACUCCCUGAACUGUGUUUCGUCCGGUUACUGGGGGAUUUGGGAUAUUGCCUUCUUUUCCAGCGCUUCACUUGGAUUAUUGUCUGUACCAGCGGAGAUAUUGGGAUUUAACAUUGCAGCUCCGCUAAAAUUGGUGGCAAGCGACGGAAUCCAACCUGCCAGAUGAAAAGCGGUGUUCGGGUAAUUGAAACUACCGAACAGGAAAGUGAAUGGCAAUUUGGAUACAACAAAGAAAUGGAGACGGAUUACACUGCAUUGAAACAGCAGACGUUAAAGGAACUAUUGGAAGCCAGGGGUAAGAUAGCCAGCAAUAAGUCGAAAGCUGUACUUAUUGCCGAACUAAUGGAGGGAGACAGAGCUCGCAGCGUUACACCCCCACCAGCCAUGGAGGAAACCCCCUUCCAAAAAGAAAUGAGAACCAGGAUGGCAUUCCUACCCCAGCCAGUACCACUGGAAAUACUGACGGUACUGAUGGCGGAUGUGAAGGAGUAUGUGAUGGCACACAGACCGCAAGACGCACCCUCCAGAGCAGAAUCUACUGCUGCUUCAAUCAUCAGCCAGGUAAAGCCCAAGAUACCACAUCAUGUUUUUAAAAUAUUUUGCGAAGACAAGGAUGAGAUUGAUGGGCAUCUACAAGACUUUGAGAGGCUAUGUGACCUGCAUGAUCUAGAGCAGGCAGUGUGGGUACCUUUACUGGCAAGCAAACUGUCAGGUUGGGCAGCAGAAGCAUAUCGGGUCGUACCCAGAGAGGACAGCAAAGAUUAUGCCAGGGUAAAACAGGCUAUGCUAGAGAGAUAUGCCAUUACCCCGGAGGCAUUCCGGCGCAAGUUUAGAGGGUUGCGCAAACCGGAGAAAGACUCCCAUGCAGAGUGGGCACACAAACUGGAUCAAGCCUCCCAGGGGUGUAUACAAGCGAGCCAAGCUACCACCAUGGAGUAGUUACGUCAAUUGCUAUUGUUGGAGCAAUUUUACAAUGGUCUGACACCAGAGGCACAAGAAUGGGUGAGAGACAGAAAACCCUUCACCCUAACAGAAGCGGCACGACUGGCGGACCAGCACUAUGACGCCAGGAGGCAUCAUGGUAACCUCAAUCAAGGGUAUCCUCGACCUGCCACCCAACCUCCUACAGCUACCACUACCGCACCCACAGCAACCCCAUUCCGGCCAGCUACUGGGGGACACAUUCCACCCUCCCGGUACAAUUGCCGAUCUAACAUCCAGUGCCAUAACUGCAAGCAAUGGGGCCACAUGGCGAGAGAGUGUACACAGAACCGGAGCCAUCAAGCAUGGAGCCAAGUACGACCGAACCCAGCACCACGAGCAGCCGCGCACCACUACCAAGCAGAGCCAGCAACACAGAAGAUAUUGUUUAAUCACACAGAAGAGCCCCUGGGAAUACUAAAUGAUGUACAGGCAACACCAUCGCCAGAUAGUAACCUUGGAGGGGAAAGAAGUCCAAGGGUUCCGAGGUUCAGGGGCCACUCUGACUCUGGUAGCACCUCAUUUGGUUCCGGGCUCGGCGCACACCGGCGGAUCCGUGGCAGUACAAGUAGCAGGGGGAACAGUAUACAGAUUACCGACCGCAAAAGUACACUUGAAUUGGGGUGUUGGAGAAGGGAUGGUGGAGGUGGGCCUGAUGCAUAAACUGCCAGCAGAUGUCGUAUUGGGAAAUGACCUGGGCAGAAUGAAUUCCACUUUUGUACCUCAAGCUCCACCCCAAGAUGCAUACCCGAUAACCACAAGGCAACAGGCUUGCACCACGGCUUCAUCCACACACUCUGAGGCUCAGGUAAGAGACAAUAUAACCCCUAUGACUCGUGUUCCCUGGGAUACCCCGACUGAAUUUGAGGCAGAGGUUAAGGUCGACCCUACGUUGAAAGUAUAUAGAGAUAGGGUGACCUCAGAUCAGGCAGGAUUAGAGGGGGAGAGGUAUGUUUGGGAAAAGGGGUUAUUGUUCCAUAUUGCUGAAAGGGUGGUGGAUCUGUAAAUGUGACUACUAGACAGCUAGUGGUACCCCAGAAAUAUCGACAGGAACUCCUUAGGAUCGCUCAUGAUAUUCUGUUGUCUGGGCAUCUGUGUAUGACCCGAACUAGAUACCGACUGACCCAUGCCUUCUUCUGGCCAGGUAAAUCCAAAGAUGUGCGGAAGUACUGCCAGACGUGCGACAUCUGUCAGAGAGUAGGUAAGAGGGGCGACCGACACAAGGCCAAAUUAUGCCCAUCAAAUUAUGCCCAGUAACCCACCAACUAUGGAAAAUAUGUGGCAUUAAGCCUAUCGUGAAUUCUGCGUACCACCCUCAGUCCAAUGGGUUAUGUGAAAGGUUCAAUGGAACCUUAAAGCAGAUGCUCUGUACAUUUGGAGAGGCCCAUAAGGACUGGGAGCGAUUCCUACCCCAUCUGCUGUUCGCAUACAGAGAGGUACCCCAAGAGUCUACCGGGUUUUCCCCCUUUGAAUUACUAUUUGGGAGACGGAUGCAAGGGCCCCUAGAUUUGAUUAGAGAAAAUUGGGUAGGGGAAAGCAGUGCACAUGGGAUACCCAUUGUACCAUAUGUGCUGGAGUUCAGAGACCGCCUGGAGGCACUAAUCCAAACCGUACAGGUAAACCGUACAGGUAAACCUCCAGGCGGCUCAACAACGCCAGCGCCGAUGGUAUGAUAGGGGAGCCAGGGACCACAGCUUUCAGGUGGGACAGAAAGUUUUGAUUUUAAAAUCUGUUCGCAAUGACAAGCUGCAGGCCGUCUGGCAGGGCCCAUACCAGGUGGUGGAACAGAGAUGUGACACCACCUAUGUAAUUGGCCCCUGCUCAGGGGCAGGGAAGAGACGCAUGCUCCACGUGAAUAUGCUCAAACUCUACCAUGAGAGGAUAGAGGAUGUGGCGGCUAUAUGCGCCUCAGCCUCUGUGGAUCAGGAUAAUCUUCCACUACCUGAUUUAUUAGAGAGAGUAGAUCAGGCAGAGCCCUUCACGGGUGUUCAGCUGGGGGAGCGGCUAAGCCCCCAGGAGCGUGCCCAGGUACAGGAGUUAAUCGCGGCUAAGGGAGCCACUUUCUCCAAUUUACCAGGUUACACCCCGCUAGCCACUCACCGAGUAGAGACCCCAGGACAGCUACCUAUGCGGCAGACCCCAUAUCGUAUCCCUGAAGCAGUCAGGGAACAUAUGCGGAAGGAAACUGAGGAGAUGUUGCAGCUAGGGGUGAUUGAACAUUCUGAUAGCCCCUGGGCAUUGCUGGUAGUGCUGGUACCCAAGAAGGAUGGCACAACACGAUUCUGUGUUGACUACCGGAGGCUAAAUGACAAAACAGUGUCUGAUGCCUACCCGAUGCCCCGGAUAGACGAGCUGCUAGAUAAGAUGGCACGAGGCCAGUACCUCUCUACGUUUGACUUGUGCAAGGGGUACUGGCAGAUUCCUUUAGCCGAAGAUGCCAUCCCCAAGUCGGCGUUUGUCACCUCGUUUGGCCUGUACCAGUUUCGAGUCAUGUCAUUCGGGAUGAAAAACGCUCCGGCUACCUUUCAAAGGAUGGUACAUCGGCUACUGGACGGGUUCCAGGAGUAUGCAUGUGCAUACCUGGACGAUAUCGCCAUAUACAGCCAGGCAUGGUCCGACCACCUACGACAUAUUGGAGCGGUCAUUGACCGUAAUGGAGAGGCAGAUUUGACGCUAAAACCCAGCAAGUGUCAUAUAGGGAUUGCAGAGGUGCAAUACCUUGGGCACAGAGUAGGGAGUUGGCAACAAAAACCAGAACCCGCCAAAAUAGAGGCGGUAGCUAAGUGGCCUACCCCCCAGACAAAAACCCAAGUGUUAGCCUUCCUGGGUACCGCAGGGUACUACCGGAAGUUUGUACCCAAUUACAGUGCCUUGGCCAAACCCCUCACUGACUUGACCCGCAAAAAUCUUCCUCGACAGGUUAUCUGGGCCCCAGAGUGUGAUCAGGCAUUUCAACAACUCAAGACUGCUUUAACCAAUGCACCUGUACUUGCUGCUCCUGAUCCGACUAAACUAUUUCUUGUCCACACAGAAGCUUCAAUGUUUGGAUUGGGAGCAGUGCUGAGCCAAGUUGGAGCAGAUGGCGGAGAACAUCCUGUAGCUUACUUAAAGGACCACUCUAGGUACCCAGACCACUUCAGCUUAAUGAAGUGGUCUGGGUGCCUGGUCCUUCUAGGGUUAACCCAUUUUUUUUUAUAAACAUAGCAGUUUCAGAGAAACUGCUAUGUUUAUGAAUGGGUUAAGCCUUCCCCCAUUCCCUCUAGUGGCUGUCUCAUUGACAGCCACUAGAGGCGCUUGCGUACUUCUCACUGUGAUUUUCACAGUGAGAGCACGCCAGCGUCCAUAGGAAAGCAUUGAGAAUGCUUUCCUAUGUGACUGGCUGAAUGCGCGCGCAGCUCUUGCCGCGCGUGCGCAUUCAGCCGACGGGGAGGAGAGAAGGAGGAUCGGAGGAGGAGAGCUCCCCGCCCAGCGCUGGAAAAAGGUAAGUUUUUACCCCUUUCCCCUUCCAGAGCCGGGCGGGAGGGGGUCCCUGAGGGUGGGGGCACCCUCAGGGCACUAUAGUGCCAGGAAAACGAGUAUGUUUUCCUGGCACUAUAGUGGUCCUUUAAGCCGAAAGUUAUUGCCCCGUGAAGUGAGCUACGCCGCCAUUGAGAAAGAAUGCCUGGCCGUGGUCUGGACAACCUUUCUCCUUACUCACAGAUCACAACGCGUUGGUCUUGGGUCAAGAGUGGGUGGAAGACGGUGAGACCCCAACCAAGCUGCGGCGGUUCGUGGGGUCUGCGGUGGUUAUGGUGUCGAGUGCGGUGCUGAUUGUCCUUGGCAAGCACUAAGAGCAUCGUUUGACGGAAGUACCCAGUCGUGGUGCCAGGCGAUCCGUUACAAUAAUUGAGUCAGGAACUGUACUAAACUCAAUUUAUUAGUAGGGUGCCCUUAGCUGAGCUGGAGCUGUAGAAUGUUGAGGUGAGCUCCUGGGACCGGCAUAAAUCCCGCUGGCCCAGAGGAGAGGGAACAAGCGCCUCCCUCACAUCAGUUGCGCUAGUAGGCCUCAGUGCUCACUUAAUUAAUUCUGUGGGAAGAGACAUCUUGAGUGGCACCACCGUGAUCACUGCGUGUUCCCCUUUCAUGGAGUAACUGAGAUGCGGCACAUUAUGCCUUCCAAUUGCAGGUAAAUAGGCAAUUUCGACAUGAAAUGCGGGAGCUGGAUUGACUUGCGCCUGCUUCACUCAGAGGUCAGGCCCCGCCCUCCUUAUCUUGAGUACCUGUGUUUUGGUCGAAACCACCAUACAUCCUUAGACGGGGAUUAUAUUGUCCAUGCACACAACAGCAGAGCUCUAAGUUAGCUUUGACAAAUGUGAGUGUAUUAUUCACAAGAAUCCAAGUCUAUUCCUUAUAUACAUCAUAUUGUGCUGCAAUAUUAUUGUCUUUUUUUGUUUCAUUCUGAGGUCAAUUGUGUUGAACAACUUAAAGACCUGUGUACGUAUAAUACCGGUACACCUAGAUUGGGCGCGAUAUACUCUUGUACAGAACUGCACCAUAUGUUGGUGCUUAAUAAAGCCGAUAAUAGGAAUACAAAUACUGCUAUCUAUUGGUCAAUCAAACAUGUAGCCAUUUCUGGACUACUUCCAUUUAUCAUCAUUUAGUAUGACUCUUUUACCAAGGGGACUCAAAGCUCUGCGUAUCUCAAUCAGCAUCUAAUUAAUUUAGAAAUGGAGGAACAGUGUUCUUGUUUUGUAAGGUAUAGAUUAUGUGAUCUAUGAUUGUGUGUUAUAGGAGGUGUGGGGAGCUGCAGUGAGUGUGCUGCUCAGGUAGUGUGUGUUAUAGGAGGUGUGGGGGGCUGCAGUGAGUGUGCUGCUCAGGUAGUGUGGGUUAUAGGGGAUGUUAGGAGCUGCAGUGAGUGGGCUGCCUAGGUAGUGUGGGUUAUAGGAGGUGUGGGGAGCUGCAGUGAGUGUGCUGCUCAGGUAGUGUGUGUUAUAGGAGGUGUGGGGAGCUGCAGUGAGCCUGCUGCUCAGGUAGUGUGGGUUAUGGGAGGUGUGGGGAGCUGCAGUGAGUGUGCUGCUCAGGUAGUGUGGGUUAUAGGAGGUGUGGGGAGCUGCAGUGAGCGUGCUGCUCAGGUAGUGUGGGUUAUAGGAGGUGUGGGGAGCUGCAGUGAGUGCGUUGCUCAGGUAGUGUGGGUCAGGUAGUGUGGGUUAUAGGAGGUGUGGGGAGCUGCAGUGAGCGUGCUGCUCAGGUAGUGUGGGUUAUAGGAGGUGUAGGGAACUGCAGUGAGCAUGCUGCUCAGGUAGUGUGGGUUAUAGGAGGUGUGGGGAGCUGCAGUGAGUGUGCUGCUCAGGUAGUGUGGGUUAUAGGAGGUGUGGGGAGCUGCAGUGAGUGUGCUGCUCAGGUAGUGUGGGUUAUAGGAGGUGUGAGGAGCUGCAGUGAGGGUGCUGCUCAAGUAGUGUGUUAUAAGUGGUGUGAGGAGCUGCAGUGAGUGUGUUGCUCAGGUAGUGUGGGUUAUAGGAGGUGUGGGGAGGUGCAGUGAGUGUGCUGCUCAGGUAGUGUGAGUUAUAGGAGGUGGGGGGAGCUGCAGUGAGUGUGCUGCUCAGGUAGUGUGAGUUAUAGGAGGUGUGGGAAGCUGCAGUCAGUGUGCUGCUCAGGUAGUGUGGGUUAUAGGAGGUGUGGGGAGCUGCAGUGAGUGUGCUGCUCAGGUAGUGUGUGUUAUAGGAGGUGUAGGGAGCUGCAGUGAGUGUGCUGCUCAGGUAGUGUGUGUUAUAAGAGGUGUAGGGAGCUGCAUUAAGCAUGCUGCUCAGGUAGUGUGUGUUAUAGGAGGUGUGGGGAGCUGCAGUGAGUGUGCUGCUCAGGUAGUGUGUGUUAUAGGAGGUGUGGGGAGAUGCAGUGAGUGUGUUGCUCAGGUAGUGUGGGUUAUAGGAGCUGUGGGGAGCUGCAGUGAGUGUGUUGCUCAGGUAGUGUGGGUUAUAGGAGGUGUGGGGAGCUGCAGUGAGUGUGUUGCUCAGGUAGUGUGGAUUAUAGGAGGUGUGGGGAGCUGCAGUGAGUGUGUUGCUCAGGUAGUGUGGGUUAUAGGAGGUGUGGGGAGCUGCAGUGAGCGUGCUGCUCAGGUAGUGGCAGUUAUAGGAGGUGUGGGGAGCUGCAGUGAGCGUGCUGCUCAGGUAGUGGCAGUUAUAGGAGGUGUGGGGAGCUGCAGUGAGUGUGCUGCUCAGGUAGUGUGGGUUAUAGGAGGCGUGGGGAUCUGCAGUGAGCGUGUUGCUCAGGUAGUGUGGGUUAUAGGAGGUGUGGGUGUAAAUAACCAGUGUGAGUUAUAGGAGGUUUUUGAGUGCUGUUUUUGCUCUCUAUUUAGGUGCUGAAGGAGCCACUUAUCUCCCAGCAGGUAGAAGCUCUAGAGACAGCGCUAGGAGUAUCUCCAAAGGAUAUAUUUGUAGCUCGAGUCAGUGGAAAGAAACCCAAUUUUGAAGUGGGAUCGUCUCAGCCUCUUUCAUUCACAAAGCGCCAAGUUCCAGGUAAUGGUUGGAUUUACGAAGUUAGAAGAAAUUGGUGUGUUGGUGAGUGUGUGCCUCUGGGAGGUUUUGGGGAUGGAUCUGCAGGCUGUGUAGAGUGAGAUGGUCUGCGGAGGAGUCAGAUUCCGGGCUUUUUAUGCUCAGAUUAUAUAUAUAUAUUGUAGGUCAGUCUCUUAAUAACAUUUUUUUUUAUGUCAGCAAGGCCUUCAGCGGAUCCAGCAGCUGUGAAACUGUGGACUCUGUCAGCUAAUGACAUGGGUGAUGAUGAUUUGGUGAGUCUAUUUCUUUCCCUCUUACCACAGUAUACCACAGCCUUAGUAUUCUUAACUAAAGAAACACUCCAAAUACCACAGUACAUGGUGUGCUGUAAGGGAUCAAAGGGAUCCGCCAGGAGCAGCUCCACACCUCCACCACUACUACUGUCAGAGAGCCGGAAGAUCCCUGAGGUACAGGGCUUAGCUCUGCGGCUUAGAGCAACCAGCCGACACUAUCAGCAAUGAGAGAGCCCUACUUAGUGGUGGCAGGGAGCGGCAGACCCAAGGUAAAAUUUCAAACUGUUCAAAAACGGUUUGACCCUUCACAAUAGGGGGAGUCAGAGUGCUCCUGGCGACAUAACCAUUCUAGUUAAUGCUGAAUAAUUUAUGGGUGGUGAUGAUAAUCUAUAAUUGGUUCAAUGUGAAUCUUUCACUGUUUGGUCAGGAUCUUCUAGACUCUGAUGAGCUCUUAGAGCAGGAUGACCUUAUGAAGCCAUCUCCAUCAUCCCUGCUAUCUGGAGGAUGUGGUGAAAAAAAUGAAAAGAAACGGAAAGCAUGCAAAAACUGGUGAGAAACUGGCGAUAGUCAUAUGGGGGGUAUAUUUAUUUCCUAGAGCCUGUCUUUCUUCCCUGUGAAGUCACAUGGAGGAGCAAGAACUCCGGGCUCGUAAAGUUCAAUGUUUCCACAGUCUUGGAAAGCAGACAGUCUGUGUGAAAACGAAGGGCUUUAAUCCACGUUCCAAGAUUAAUUGCCCCGGUGAAUGGGUCACUUAUGGUAAAUCUGUGUAAAAUGUGUGUCUUUUUCACUGACAGCACAUGUGGCUUAGCUGAGGAUCUGGAGGAGGAGAACAGCAAGCAAUCUGCCCCAAAACCUGCACCCUCAGCCUGUGGUAAUGUGAGUAUGACAAGGAGGGCAGAGGCUAGAAUGAGGACAUGGGUGAGCGAGGUGAAUGGAAUCUCUGGGAAUGGUGAGAUGGGGUCAGGAGUGGUAGCUGUAGAAACAUUGAAAGUGACGGCAGAUAAGAACCAUUCGGCCCAUCUAGUCUGCCCAAUUUUCUAAAUACUUUCAUUAGUCCCUGGCCUUAUCUUAUAGUUAGGAUAGCCUUAUGCCUAUCCCACGCAUGCUUAAACUCCUUUACUGUGUUAACCUCUACCACUUCAGCUGGAAGGCUAUUCCAUGCAUCCACUACCCUCUCAGUAAAGUAAUACUUCCUGAUAUUUUUAAACCUUUGCCCUUCUAAUUUAAGACUAUGUCCUCUUGUUGUGGUAGUUUUUCUUCUUUUAAAUAUGGUCUCCUCCUUUACUGUGUUCAUUCCCUUUAUAUAUUUAAAUGUUUCUAUCAUAUCCCCCCUGUCUCGUCUUUCCUCCAAGCUAUACAUGUUAAGAUCCUUUAACCUUUCCUGGUAAGUUUUAUCCUGCAAUCCAUGAACCCGUUUAGUAGUCCUUCUCUGAACUCUCUCCAAAAUAUCCUUCUGGAGAAAUGGUAUUUAGAAUAUGGUGGAUUUUCAGGGUAAAGAAUGGCUUAAUUAGAGGGUUUGGUGUGGGAGUGGGGAUAAAUGUCAUCUAGAUGUAGUCAUGGCGGUAUAUGGGAGGGAAGCAGGAGGAAUGGAUGGGUCAAAUGCCAAGUGCUAAUUGACAUGGAGCAUAAAUCUGCUGUCUCGUGGUAUGGUAGACCAUGAUGGAGGGAUUUCUGUCAAACUCGCUCCCUCACAUUAAAAGGCUCAUUAUUAUCUUUUUUCGGUUGAUCUUUCUGCCCACAACGGCGGACACUAGUUUAAUGGACUGAUUAACUGACGAUGCUGACUCCCUGACCCGUUGCCUUCUUGUUUCUCUGUUAGUGCUAUUUAGGUGACGCGUUCCGCUGUGCAAGCUGUCCGUACCUUGGAAUGCCAGCAUUCAAACCCGGAGAGAAGGUUCUCCUGAAGCCCACCCAGCUCCAAGAUGCCUAG